AUGCAUGUCCCUCCUCGCCUGUACUCUGUAACCCGGAACCAGGUGAAGUCCUUCGUCGCCUAUGACGCGCUCUUACACUCUGGUGAAGACCGUGCUGACUACCCUGUCCCCCUUGGUUAUGACGACUUUGUGUUUACGUUCAACUUCAACGAGCCCGAGAUUCUCGUGAAGUUCACCACCGUUGACGCCGACAACAUUGUCAAGGUCAACGGACCCGCAGUUACUGUCCCCUUCCUAGUCGGGGAAGAUGAAGCACCACCCACACUUCCUGACGCGGCUCAGCCCGUCACCACCACCGUUGAACCGGCCUUCGACCCGGACGGGGGUCAUUGGCUUAACAAGCAUAAGGCCAAGCUUAUUGACGACACUCUGUGGGAUAACCUAGCCAGGUCCCAUCGUCAGAACUUGCGUCGUGACGAGGCCAUUAAAGCACGCAAGGAAAAGAGACGGGGACCCUUCCCACCUUUGUCAUACACGCCCGGAGUUCCUCACCCCCCUCCUAACACCAAUAACACCCCCUCCAGCUCGCGUGCCCUGGCAGUGGGCGGCUCUAGUUGA